UCUCUCUUUUAUUUCUGCUGAACUGUACGUCGCAGGUUCGAGUCCAGCAGGGGUUUUAAAUUUUUUUCAGAUUACCUUCUACUAAAACUGUAUUUUUUGACAAAAUAAAGUAAAUUUGAAAAUUUUCAAAUUCAAAAUAUUUUUGUACAUAACCUACACUUUUCAUCUACAUCAAAUUUCUUUGGUGUAGCAUACCUCCUUAAUUCAGGUAGUAAUUUUAAAUUUGUAAAAGACAUACUUAAGAGUAAGGAGUUUGAAAAUGGUUUAUCGUCCACAUGAUCCAAAUGACCUCCGAGUACAUAUAUGAAGCAUCAUGGAUUAUGUGAGUGGGUGGCUCAUGGGCCUUUUGUUCCAGUUUCUGUUUCAAAGUUCCUGUUUUGCAUGCAUGUUAAGAAUUUUUCUCUUAAAUUUCAGGUGCAUUUCUUUUUAACUAACUCCAUAUUGACUUGCCAGAUCCGACGAGAAUGAGAUAUCUAUAUCCUAUCCAAGUGGAAAGCGGACAGCGCUGGUAAUGAAUGAUGCUCACAAGAAAAUGUGUAAAGCUAUUUUCAAGUCGGACAAUGUUGAAAAAACUGUGCUUGAUGUGCUUGCCUCCUCAAACCCUGAUGAUGUGGUUAUGGCAGCUACCAAGAUUGUUCAGGCAGAAACCAAAGCAAUUUGCAAAAGAAAUUCAGGCUCCCUGUUACUGAAGAAGGAUCAUGACAGUAUGAUGACCUUUACAUGGAACAAAUUUCAUAAGGAUUUGGAAGUGCGUGCUCCUAACCUGUUGAGGGUAAUCAGUGCAGUUGUCAGUGAUGUUCCAGUGGCACCAUCAGAGAAAAAGUUUAUGAAUAUCUUGCACACAAUUGCAACAGGAUGUCAUGGCCGUAGCCAAGAAAUGUCUGGGCUGCACUAUUGUAUUGCUUUUUUGCUUGUUCAUGGUGGAUGCACUCAAAGGGAUAUUCAAAGACUUGCUAAAAUUGGACUUUGUGUAAGCCCUGGAUCUGUGCACAACAAGUUGGCAUCCUGGAUUGACAAACUGGAUGAAGAUGUUAUUCAGUUGAAGAAAGAUUGGUCAGAAGGAGGAAAUGUGAAGUAUCAGUUGGUCGGAGACAACUGGGACAAAAACAUUCUCCCAGCUUUCAGGACAUCACAACAGAAAACUUUGUCAUUACACCUGUUCAAUGUUGUUGUGGUUGUGGAUAGGAUAAUUCCAACUGCCAGAGGUGUGGAAAAUAGUGAUGAACUGAAAACUGACAUUAAAUUGGAGACAUUCAUACCAUCCAUUGAGGAACAAACUAUUCUGAUGGAUGAACUUGUCUUCCACUUUGCUACUUCAGUGAUCAAGGGAGUUCCUCAGAUGAAAGCAGAAUUUGCCAAUAUUUAUCCUGCUCAUCUGACUCAUCCAUACAGUGCACAAGCAGGUGAAAAAACAAAACAGUAUCCAUUAGGAUUAUUCGAUACAAAUGAGACAAAGACAGCCGAUAUGAUUCAGCUACUUCGGGAUUUGCAGUCCAAAUAUGUUCCAUUACAAGAUGAUCACAUAGUGGAAUCAGUGUUUUUUGGUGGUGACAGACUAACAGAUGAACGUGUACAAUGUGCACAGCAGUCAGUUCUCAAUGGAGAGACAGCAGAGUCCAGACUUGAAGGAUUUAUCUCUAAAAUUGAAGACUUUCAUCGUCUAAUGAAUUUCUUGGAGGCUAUCUGCAGGCUCACCUACAGCACAGAUUCUGGAGGAGACAGAGGAACUGCAUGCUAUUUUAGAAAUCUAUUGGAUGCCAGGAAUGUCAAAGGAGAUGUGAAAAAUGCGUAUCGCCCAUACAAACUUCUGUAUUACACAAUUUUAGAUGCUAUGUGCAUUGUUCUGUUUUUCAAGAAAUUCAACAGAAAUGCUGAUGAGGAAAUUCCAUUGCCUAUUGACUUUGAAAAGUUUUCAUCAAAUGACAAGAUCUCUUGGUUAAAUGGAAUCAGUCGUGAAAUUUUACAGGAGUAUUUUUUUGAAUCACAAAAUGACAUCAUGCAUGAUCUCCGAGAAAUCAUAACUGACAUUAGCCAUCCAGAAAACUAUUACCUAUCCAAUCUUGAGAAUGACAGAGUCCAGUAUCACUUUUGUCCCAAAUCAUAUGCAUAUGUUGGGUCCCUGAAAGCACAUGAAGAGAAGGUGCAUGGUGCCAAAACCCCAAUAUCGAAACCUUCAAAUGAAAAAGUGAAAGACGAAUUGGGAGAUCAUUGUCGACUUUUAUUCAAACUUGCAUUACUGCACAAGAACUUGGAUUCAGCAGUUGAUAUGGCCGAUGGACACCGUAGUGUACGAUCAGCGAAAUAUGAACUUCCAAUUUAUGUUAAAACGAACAAAACUAAGUAUGCUAUUGGAUCUAUCCACCUUGUUUCUUUAACAGAGGGUGUUCUGAAUGGGGAGCAGAAGGAACGGUUAAUUGCUAAUAGAUGUGUUAAUUUACAAGGGGGAAAGAAUAACAACAUGGCCCUUGACGAAUAUGUGGAGCUACUCAACAGAGAUAGCAAAGUUGUUUGUUCAGGUUUCCAAACAAAAGAAAGCAUUCUGCGACAUUCCAAGGAGUUUCCUCAUAUUGUCAACUUUGUAAAACACUUUGAUUCUGUUUGUAAUGUUACAACAAGAAAAGGAUUUCAUCACCUCCCAUCUUAUGCUGAAGAUGUUCAGAAAAUUGUAACUCAAUUGUUUGAUAUUGAUGCAUUUACAUUUGUGGAAGGUCGAAAGCUAAAAUGCAAAUCUCUGUGUACAAACAAAAACAUUUUCAAUGAUUGUUUUAAAGGGUUUGCCACUCUUGUCCAUAGACACAAGCCUCUGGUUGCUUUUCACCGUCUUGGAAACAAGCACAUAUAGGUUUCAUUUCCAUACACUUUUUAAGUGACAGUAUAUUGUAUAUAUGGUUGUAAUGAUUUAUUUAUUUAUGACAUACUAUAUUGUUGAUACCAGUACUUUGAUUGUAGAUUACAUUGUGAUAUUACUGUUCCUCAACAUCAAUUUUAUAACUAGUCAGUUAAGGGAAUACAGUAAUCUCGUAAAAUGAAACUAUCGUACAUGUUUUGACUUGGUCAUAAGUCAUAUUUUAAAGCUGAAGAGAAUUGUUCUUUCAACAUAACAGUUAUUGAAAUACAGCUGUAACAAUUAACAGUAGUAAAAGUCAAUGCAUAUUUAAUAUUUGUUUUUAUUGAUAAAAUGUUUAAUUAUGAUGGUUUAAUCACCUGAACAAUUCAAGUGAACUUUCAUAGAUUUCUAACAUCUUCAGAGAUGAGGAUAACAAAGGUUGUGCACAUUAACAAGAGUUAGAGUUCAUUUACAAAUAAAACUCAAGGGGAUAUUCUACAUCAUCAUAAUGGCUGACUUCCUAUUAAAACAUGAAUGAAAAUAUGAAUAUCAGCAAAACUAUUCUAUGGAUUUCAAAUAUUGUCUAGCCAAGUAGCUCAGUAGGUUAGCACAUGGACUGCUAAACUGUAGAUCACAAGUUUGAGUGCUCCUAACUUGUUGAGGUUCAUAUAUAUAUACAU